UAUCAAUCGUCUGCCAAUCCAGGACUAUUUUGUCGCUCAGUCAACCUAUGAGUCUAUAGCGUCAUACCUCACUUCGACCCCUCCCUCCCCUGAGUCACGACCGCCCUUGUCCUUCCAACCUGGUGUUCGAAGGUUUUUAAUAACGACAAUUGUUUAUACAUCUGGCAUUUACGAUAUCACGCAGCGUUUUUGAUUUGCUCUUGCUCUUCUUUGCUUCCACCUUCCAUCUUAUUUGAUUCGUUUUCCUCGUCCAUCCGCCGGACGUCGUCUUUCUCUUCAACACACUCUCUUUAUCGCCAUACUUGACUCUCUCGGUUUUCGCCCGCAUCACUGAAACGAUAUACAGAUGAACCCAUAACGGUCUCUACAAAUUUCCUAGCGUUGUCAAUUUCCUUUGGGUUUCUUUGACUUGCGCUCUGCGCUGACUCGUCGUCUAUUUCCUUGUGUCUCAUCCUCCCAUAUUUAUAUGAUCUUCUAAACCGACACUCCAUUGUUUGAUUAUCUUAUACUCCCGUUCUCGUUUCCUCUUUUGAUCUCUUCUCUUGGGUUUUCUCCGUUACGAUUCGUUGGACCGGCAUUGCAAUUCUUGACAUUGGGUUCGCAUUGUCCUAUCUCAUUUUCGUUGCCCACCCGCUCGAUUGAGAUCCCGUUCCGUGACGCAGGUCUUUUCCGUCGACAGACCUGCCAUUGAGUUUCCUUUUGGACCACCACCGCCUCUUCACAGUUUCGAUCAUCACUCGACCAUGUCGUACCUCCCUAACAGCUUCGUUGAGGGGCAGCUCCUGGAUGGGCGCUUCCGCACCGUUGCUCCCUUGAACCAUGGCUCCUUUGGCAUGGUCUUCCUCGCAUAUGAUAUGAAGACCGGCGAGGAUGUUGCUAUCAAAUGCAUGGUGAAGGGGGCGAUGCCCGAUGAUCGUUUCGAUGAGCUCUUUUGCCAUCGUCGUCUCGGAUAUCAUCCGAACAUUGUCAACCUCAUUCACUCGUUUGAGACGGAGACUCACAUGUAUCUCGUCUUGGAAUACUGUGCGAACGGCGAUCUCUACGAGGCAAUCAGACUCAACCGUGGUCCCUUGGAAACCGAGCAUGUACGGGAUUUCAUGCUGCAAUUAGUGAGCGCUGUCGAGUUCAUGCAUGCCAAAGGCUUGUAUCAUCGUGACAUCAAACCCGAGAAUAUCUUCUUGAUGCAAGAUGGUUGCAUGAAACUGGGCGAUUUAGGUUUGGCCACCGGCGAGGCCUGGUGCUAUGAGGCCUGCGUGGGAAGCGAUCGUUACAUGGCACCCGAGCAAUACGACCCGGCUACAACAGGUUACUCUCCUGCCAAGGCUGAUAUCUGGGCCGUUGGAAUCUGCUUGCUCAAUGUCCUCUUCGCUCGAAACCCCUUCGCAACGCCGACCGAGUCCGAUAUCUUGUUCGCCGACUAUGUUCGGGAUCGCCAAUCUUUGUUCGAUAUCUUCCCGAACAUGUCUCAGGAUACGUUUGAGAUCCUGCGAAUCGCCCUGGCCAUCGACCCUGACAAGCGCUCGCUCUCCGGCAUCCGGGAUGCGAUCCUCCGGACUGUCACUUUUACCAUUGAUGACGAGGGUCUCGAUGACUUCUGCACGGAUGACCGUGAAAUGGUGCCUGCCAGCGCCAAUCGCGAGCCUCUUCGCACCCCUUCGAUCCAGAGCCCCUUCGUCAACCAAGGCGACUCAUUCCCUUGGGCCAAAGCUUUACAGUGCAGUCCGCCCCAGGAUAUCCGGAAGUUGUCUGCGAUUCCCGACGACACCUACGAGGAGGAUCUCUUCCCAUCAUCAGAGACAGCUGGUACUUCCUGGUUUUCCGUUCACCAGGGUACUCCGUCCAUGGCUUCUGUGAUGGAGUCGGCUAUGGGUGACUCAUAUCGCUCGACAGCGUUCACAAAGAUUGAGCCCCGCUACCCGCCCCUUUCCGACCCCGUCCCCAUCACAGGCUCUUUACCCAGUCAACCACCUAAGCCGCUGCCUUCUCUUUCCAUGGUAUUUGGCAAGAAGAAGGAAGAACAAAUCUCCAAGAGCUGGAGUGACUUGUGGGAUGAGGAUGAAGAGCUGGAAAGCGAAGAGACUGUGUUGCAGCAACGACGUGAGCAGAACUCUCGUAGCUGGAGCCAUGACAGUAGUACUCCCGAGGUCGUUGGCCCUUCAGCCGUUCUUCAAGAUGUGACUUCAUCGAUGCUCAAUAUUCAGUUACAGGACGAGGCCGUUCCCGCCGCCGAGGCCCGUGCCAUUCCUGUGAAGCCAGUCCACGACGAGAAUGUCACAUCUAAGUCAGCACCGACUUCGCCGCAGAAUUCAUCGAAGAAGUCGAACCUGGACAAAUGGGCCGCUUUGGGUGACCGCAGGCGGAAUUACAAGCCGGCAGAUGUGCCAUUCAAACAGAAGAAGUUCCUGAACAACAUGGCCUGGCGGAAAGACUGGGGUCUGGGCUCAUCAGGGUUUGACUAUGGAUCCUGGGCCAAGAAGGAGCCCGCUUCGCCUGAACGUCGCCGUCGCCCAUUCCUGGAGAAGGGGUGGCGUCGCGAUGCCGUGGAGUCUUCCAAGCCGGCUAGCGGCUAUGAUGGAAGCAUCGAUGAAGACCUUGACCUCGUUGGUGGCUGGCACGACCUCCACUUAUAAGCGUCAACAAUGUCACUGCUUUUGUCUGCGCUGCGCGUCCUCACCUCGUGUUGGCCUAUAUAAUCUAAUCACAUCACGACCAAGAAACUACCGACCACCUCACUUUUUUUGUUUGUUGUUUGCUCU